AGCCAAAAUAUCAAAUUAUUUUCUGCUUUCUCUACUUCUCUCGGAGCCUCCACUUGCACCACACUACGAGUCAAUGACUUCCCGCUUCACAAUCACCAAACUUCAUUUUCCUUCGCUUUUCAACAACCUUUGCAUCUCAUAAAACCACGUUCUUCCUCAUUGACUUUUGUUCUGUUUUGAUUUGGAAUUUGAGGUGCGGUAGUGACGAAAAGAAUGAAGCUGAGUCCAAAGGAGUUGGAUAAGCUAGGUUUGCAUAAUGCUGGAUUUCUAGCACAGAAGCGUCUUGCUCGUGGUUUGAGGCUGAAUUACACUGAAGCUGUAGCACUUAUUGCCACACAGAUUCUGGAGUUUGCGCGCAAUGGUGACAAGAGCGUGGCAGAAUUGAUGGAAUUGGGACCGAAACUCUUAGGAAGGAGACAAGUUCUUCCAGCUGUUCCCCAUCUUGUGGAUUCUGUGCAGGUUGAAGGAACUUUUCCUGAUGGGACUAAGUUAGUCACAGUUCAUAAUCCCUUUGAAGAAGAAAAUGGGAACCUAGAACUCGCAUUGGAGGGUUCUUUUCUUCCAGUUCCUUCACCAGAAAAGUUCCCUUUGAUGGAAAGUAGUGUGGUGCCUGGUGAGAUUAUCUGUCCAAAUGAUAAGAUUUCAAUUAAUGUUGGACGGAAAGCUGUUAGACUCAGUGUAGUCAAUAAGGGAGACAGACCAAUUCAGGUUGGAAGCCACUAUCACUUUAUUGAGGUGAAUCCUUCCUUGGUUUUUGAUCGAUCAAAAGCUUAUGGAAUGCGCCUUAACAUUUCAGCUGGAUCAGCUACACGGUUUGAGCCAGGGGAUCCAAAAUCUGUCACACUAGUAGCUAUUGGUGGUAACCAAGUUAUCAGAGGGGGAAAUGGCAUUGCCGAUGGUCCAGUUGAUAGUUCCAAAUUGAAAGAUGUGAUGGAAGCUGUGCAUGCAAGAGGAUUUAAACACGUGGAAGAAAACAACGCUAGAGAAGGUAUAGCUGGAAUAGAUGACGAAUUCACCACAAGACUUUCUCGUGAGGAUUAUGCCAACCGGUAUGGUCCUACCACUGGCGACAAAGUUCGACUUGGUGACACAGAUCUAUAUGCAGAAAUUGAGCAUGAUUUCUCCGUCUAUGGAGAUGAGUGUGUAUUUGGAGGAGGAAAGGUUAUUAGAGAGGGAAUGGGACAAUCCUGUGGGCAUCCACCGACUUUGUCCCUUGAUACUGUAAUAACCAAUGCAGUCAUCAUUGAUCACAGUGGAAUUUUCAAGACAGAUAUUGGGAUCAAAGAUGGCUUCAUUAUGACCCUUGGAAAAGCUGGAAAUCCUGAUGUCAUGGAUGGUGUUUUUAGUGACCUGAUUAUUGGGGCUAAUACUGAGGUUAUUGCUGGAGAAGGAUUACUUGUUACUGCAGGAGCUAUAGACUGUCAUGUGCAUUUCAUAUGCCCUCAACUGGCAUAUGAAGCAAUAUCAAGCGGCAUCACAACACUGGUGGGAGGUGGAACUGGGCCUGCCGCAGGAACUUGUGCUACUACUUGCACACCAUCUCCAGUGCAGAUGAGGAUGAUGCUGCAAUCAACUGAUGACCUCCCCUUGAAUUUUGGCUUUACAGGAAAAGGGAACAGUUCGAAGCCAGAUGAGCUGUAUGGAAUAGUGCGUGCUGGAGCAAUGGGGCUGAAGCUACAUGAAGAUUGGGGAACUACUCCUGCUGCAAUUGACAAUUGUUUAACUGUGGCAGAAAAAUAUGACAUUCAGGUGAAUAUUCACACCGACACUCUGAAUGAAUCUGGAUUUGUGGAGCAUACAAUUGCGGCUUUUAAGGAAAGAACUAUACACACAUACCACAGUGAAGGAGCUGGAGGUGGUCAUGCUCCAGAUAUUAUUCGAGUGUGUGGUGUGAAAAAUGUGCUGCCUUCAUCAACUAAUCCUACACGACCAUUCACGAUGAACACUGUAGAUGAACAUCUUGACAUGCUGAUGGUGUGCCAUCAUCUCGAUCGCAAUAUUAAAGAAGAUGUAGCUUUUGCAGAAUCAAGGAUAAGGAAGGAGACAAUUGCAGCAGAAGAUAUUUUGCAUGAUAUGGGGGCAAUCAGUAUCAUAUCUUCUGAUUCACAGGCUAUGGGUCGCAUUGGAGAGGUUAUUUCAAGAACGUGGCAAACUGCACACAAAAUGAAGUUGGCAAGACCAUCUUCAUCAGACAAUGAUAACUUGCGGAUCAAGCGAUAUGUAUCCAAAUAUACCAUAAAUCCAGCCAUAGCAAACGGGUUUUCUCAGUAUGUUGGUUCAGUAGAGGUAGGGAAGUUUGCUGAUCUCGUUCUCUGGAAGCCAGCCUUUUUUGGGGCAAAACCAGAAAUGGUGAUCAAAGGUGGCAUAAUUGCAUGGGCAAACAUGGGUGAUCCAAAUGCAAGCAUACCUACUCCUGAACCGGUACUGAUGAGGCCAAUGUUUGGAGCUUUUGGAAAGGCUGGAAGUGCCAACUCAAUUGCCUUUGUCAGCAAGGAAGCUGUUAACAUCGGAAUUAAAGCCAUGUACGGACUCGAAAAGAGAGUUGAAGCCGUAGGCAACGUUAGGAAACUCACCAAACUUGACAUGAGGUGGAAUGAUGCCCUUCCUCUCAUCGAAGUAGAUCCCGAAACAUACACGGUGAAAGCCGAUGGCGAAGUUCUUACCUGCCAGCCUGCAACUUCUGUUCCACUUUCUCGAAAUUACUUCCUUUUCUAAACUCGCCUCAACUCUCCAUUGUCUCAACUUUCCUACUUCUAACUUUCAAGUUGGUGAUACUUUCAGAAUAAGUGAUUUCAAGUUGGUGAUACUUUCAGAAUAAGUGAUUUCAAGUUGGUGAUACUUUCAGAAUAAGUGAUUUCAAGUUGGUGAUACUUUCAGAAUAAGUGAUUUCAAGUUGGUGAUACUUUCAGAAUAAGUGAUUUCAAGUUGGUGAUACUUUCAGAAUAAGUGACAAAGAGGAAGGCCAAUGGGCUUCAGUUUCUUACCUCUAUUCUCCUGUGUUUAAAUAACAUUACAUUAUUUGAAAGCAGGUUGGUUGAAAUCAUUGCAUGAAGUCGACAGUCGGUAAUCUCGAGACUUCCUUACCGGUGUUUCUUUUGACAUUUGUCACAAAAUGUCAGCAGUUUCGUCUACAAGUCGUCCAGGUUUGAUUUUAUUUCACAGACCUGUCAAAAUAACCUUCAGGCUUCAUUUUAUUGAUAAGAUUAAGAGCCGUCUUGUAUUCUAGAAUGAGAUUGGUAAUUAGUAGGCAUUUGGCACGAGUUAAAAAGUUUGUGUAUAAGAAGUUGAUUCUUUAAUAUAUGAAUUUUUUUCUUUCACAAAUUCAAACCUUUUAACACUAGGCUAUAGUUAAUUCAAGCUUAGAGGCCAAAUUUCUUCUUAUUUGUUUGUGAAUAGUUCUAUUCCACUGUAGAAAGUAGGUGCUUUCAGACUAUGGUCAAAGCUUGAUGGUUUUAAUGCAGGGCAUGAUGUAUAUGAAGACAACAAACUCUAAAUUCUUCUAUAAUCUUUAAUUCUUAUUUA